GCAUAUGGAGAUAUUAGAAGGCAAUAUGGAAGAUGGGGAGCAUGUCCCAGAUUUAUCGCCUAUAAAUAGGCCAGUAGACAUCCCGAGAGUAGGUAUGAGCUCUAUAGAAAGAAGAAACACAGCUGGCUUGGUGCUAUUUGCGAUGUUCCAGGGCCUUAUUAUCAUUCCCAACCUCCCAUUCAUGACGUAUCUGUACGAUGACCUCGGGCUGACCCCUGGCCAGCUGUCUAUUUUCAAUGGGUUUAUCAACUAUGUGUGGGCAUUCAAAGUCGUUUUUGGCUUCGUGGUGGACUGCGUUUAUAUACUUGGAUACAGAAGAAAGUCUAAUCUACUGAUUGCAACAGCUGCAUGCACAAUUGGGUGGAUCUGUAUGGGAUUUUGGGUAGAAGGACUGGUAGCAGCAAUAAUUGUUAAGCUCUCAAUUAAUAUCUCAAUAGGUAUUAUAAAUACCAUUGCUGAAGCCUUGAUGGUCGAGAUGACAAUUUCUAAAAAUGUUAACAAAGAAGUUUCUCAAGAAAUAGAAAACAAGGAAGAAGUUAAACAAAGAGAAUUUUCUGGUGAAAGUAUCAACCAGAGCGAUGACUACCAUAAACUCAGUGAAAAUAGUGGCAAAAAUGAACAGAUGUGAAUCACUCCCAAUCGCCAAACCGACUCAAGAGAAGCCUUGGAAGAGAAAAGCACUACUUCAACCGAUGAGGAAGAUAUAGAGGAUUCAGCCUAAAUAUUCAUGAAAUAAGAAAAUUUCAAAGAAAAAUCAAACCAAUGC